UUGCAUUUUCAAGGGAGAGGAGGAAGGGGAGGGUUGAUUCUGGCCAACCCCACCCCCCGCACUACCCAGAGUGCAGCCGUCCGCCUCCUAGGACCCGCCGGGCGCUCAGGACCGCGCCCUGUCACCUGGAGCAAGUAAGGAGCUCACACAGGCUCUAGCGAUCCGGACAGGUGGGAGAUUCCAGCUCAGAGGGAGUGAAAAUUGCUUCAAGCUCUUCAGUGUUUUCCUGUUCCGCCCGCAGCCAGUCGGUGCGGCCGGCCUCCCUGCACCCCCAUCCCAGCCUGAGCCUCCCGCGCGGGGUUGGCCUGGAGGCGGCAGGGGCCUCGCUGCAAGGAGAGCAGGGGCCGACGGCCAGACGGAUUGAGGGAGGCCGCUGGCCGGCAGUGGGGCACUAGGCCCCUGAAAGAACUUUGCUGUACCCUGUGUGUCCUCAGAGACCAUGAUAGCUGUGCACUUUGACAAGCCGGGAGGACCAGAAAAUCUUUACUUGAAGGAAGUGGCCAAGCCCAGCCCAGGCGAGGGUGAAGUCCUCCUGAAGGUGGCAGCCAGCGCCCUGAACAGGGCGGACUUACUCCAGAGACAAGGCCAGUAUGCCCCACCUCCAGGAGCCAGCAACAUUUUGGGACUUGAGGCAUCUGGACACGUGGCAGAGCUCGGAGCUGGCUGCCAGGGACCCUGGAGGGUUGGGGACCCAGCCAUGGCUCUGCUGUCUGGCGGGGGCCAGGCUCAGUAUGUCACUGUCCCUGCAGAGCUCCUCAUGCCCAUCCCGGCAGGACUGACCAUGUGUCAGGCUGCAGCCAUCCCAGAGGCCUGGCUCACUGCCUUCCAGCUAUUACAUCUCGUGGGAAAUGUUCGGGCUGGAGACUCUGUGCUAAUCCAUGCAGGAGCAAGCGGUGUGGGCACAGCUGCCAUCCAACUUGCCCGGAUGGCUGGGGCUACUCCUUUGGUCACAGCUGGUUCCCAGGAGAAACUUCAAAUAGCAGAAAAGCUCGGAGCAGCUGCUGGAUUCAAUUACAAAGAAGAGGAUUUUUCUGAAGCAACACUGAAAUUCACUAAAGGUGCUGGAGUCAACCUCAUUCUAGACUGCAUAGGCGGCUCCUACUGGGAGAAAAAUGUCAACUGCCUGGCUCUUGAUGGUCACUGGGUUCUCUAUGGUCUGCUGGGAGGAGCUGUCAUCAGUGGGCCUCUGUUUUCAAAGCUACUUUUUAAAAGGGGAAGUCUGAUCACCAGUCUUCUAAGAUCUAGGGACAAAAAGUACAAGCAGAUGCUGGUGAAGGCUUUCACAGAGCAAAUUCUGCCCCACUUCUCCACGGAAGGCCCUCAACGUUUACUGCCGGUUCUGGACAGAGUCUACCCCGUGGCUGAAAUUCAAGAAGCCCAUGAGUACAUGGAGACUAACAAGAACGUGGGCAAAAUCGUCCUGGAGCUGCCCCAGUGAAGAAGCGGGUAGUACAAGACAAGGCUACAUCUCCAGUCUUCCGACAGCAAACUUGGAGAAAACUCUGUACACGGGCGACCGAGCGCCACUCCAGGCUCGCCUGUAACCCCCUAUCUCUCCCCCAGUCUCCUCAAAUUAUCAGUAUAAAGCCGGUCUAAGGAAAUAAAGAGUGGACUUGA